AUGGGAAGACUGUUAUUCCAAGGAAUCAGAAGACUGUUAUUCCAAGGAAUCGGAAGACUGUUCCAAGGAAUCGGAAGACUGUUCCAAGGAAUCGAAGACUGUUCCAAGGAAUCGGAAGACUGUUUCAAGGAAUCGAAGACUGUUUCAAGGAAUCGGAAGACUGUUCCAAGGAAUCCGAAGACUGUUCCUAGGAAUCGGAAGACUGUUCCAAGGAAUGGGAAGACUGUUAUUCCAAGGAAUCAGAAGACUGUUAUUCCAAGGAAUCGGAAGACUGUUCCAAGGAAUCGGAAGACUGUUCCAAGGAAUCGAAGACUGUUCCAAGGAAUCGGAAGACUGUUUCAAGGAAUCGAAGACUGUUUCAAGGAAUCGGAAGACUGUUCCAAGGAAUCCGAAGACUGUUCCUAGGAAUCGGAAGACUGUUCCAAGGAAUGGGAAGACUGUUAUUCCAAGGAAUCAGAAGACUGUUAUUCCAAGGAAUCGGAAGACUGUUCCAAGGAAUCGGAAGACUGUUCCAAGGAAUCGAAGACUGUUCCAAGGAAUCGGAAGACUGUUUCAAGGAAUCGAAGACUGUUUCAAGGAAUCGGAAGACUGUUCCAAGGAAUCCGAAGACUGUUCCUAGGAAUCGGAAGACUGUUCCAAGGAAUGGGAAGACUGUUAUUCCAAGGAAUCAGAAGACUGUUAUUCCAAGGAAUCGGAAGACUGUUCCAAGGAAUCGGAAGACUGUUCCAAGGAAUCGAAGACUGUUCCAAGGAAUCGGAAGACUGUUUCAAGGAAUCGAAGACUGUUUCAAGGAAUCGGAAGACUGUUCCAAGGAAUCAAAUACUGUUUCAAGGAAUCGGAAGACUGUUCCAAGGAAUCGGAAGACUGUUCCUAGGAAUCGGAAGACUGUUCCUGGAUGUCAAUUGA